GGAAGGUUGUGAACCGCAACCAAACGAGACUGUUUCCAAAUUCCGGCCAAGUUAAAAUACAAAAUGAUGUUGGCAGCUGCUGUCGGCCGCUCGCUCUCGUCAUCGGCAGCUUCCAGAAUAUUCGCGCCCACAACCAAAGCCCGCUGUUUCUUCUCUUCCCCUUCCUCUCUACUCAGAUCACUCUCCUCUUCUUCUGCUCGCUUCCAAGUUCGAGCAAUGGCUGCCUCCGCUGAUUCCUUCAAGAAAAUCCAAAUCCAGAGGGAAGACACUACUUUUGAUGCUUAUGUGGUUGGCAAAGAAGACGCUCCUGGAAUCGUUGUGCUCCAGGAGUGGUGGGGUGUGGAUUUUGAGAUCAAGAACCAUGCCAUCAAGAUCUCCCAACUUGAGCCUGGAUUUAAGGCCCUUAUACCAGAG